GUGACGUCACCAAAGGGUGAUGUAAUGCUUCUCUAAAUAGAUCGUAUUGUAAUCUUUCCUCAGUCCAACGUGGUUCCUUCAGAAAGUGUGCUGCAUCUUCUCCAGACUUCUGCGGUAUAUGAGGAGCCAGUGACAGUGAUGAACUCCGAGCAGGAAAGGCCGUUCGUGUGCAGCGCCCCGGGCUGCUCUCAGAGGUUCCCUACGGAGGAUCAUCUAAUGAUUCAUCGGCACAAGCAUGAAAUGACCCUCAAAUUCCCCUCCAUCAAAAAUGACAACAUGCUGUCAGACCAGACGCCGACCCCAACACGCUUCUUGAAGAACUGUGAGGAGGUGGGUCUCUUCAGCGAGCUGGACUGCUCCAUCGAGCAGGAGUUUUGCAAGGCUCAGGAGGAGGAGGACAGCAAACAGAAUAUCACUCUUCAUGGGCAGGGGGGCCCUAACCAGCACCAGCAGUCCCACUCAAGAAUGGCCAACCACGACAGCAGCAUAGUAAUCCAGCAGGCACUGCCCUCGCCCCAGUCCAGUUCUGUCAUCACUCAAGCCCCUUCCACCAACAGACAGAUUGGGCCAGUUCCUGGUUCCCUUUCCUCGUUGCUGCACCUGAGGAACAGACAGCGACAGCCACUGCCGGCCUCCAUGCCUGGCACACUGCCUGACCCCACUAUGCAAGGAUCGUCUGCUGUUCUGAUGCCUAUGGAGAGACAAAUGUCUAUGGGCUCCAACAUGAUGGGCAUGCAAGGCCCCGUCCACAGCAGCUCAUGCUCCUCCCCUCAUGUUCCAUCCAUGCACUCAGAAGCAAAGCUGAUCAAACCAUCGGACAUAUUUUGGCGGGAGAGACUGAAAGCUGCCCUUGCCCACCAUCCGGGGGGCAUGUCGAAUGGCAGCAUGAACUCCAUGGGUCAUAUGAUGGAGAUGAUGCCAUCGCGGCAGGAUCAGGCCGGUCACCACCACCUGCACUCUCACCCUCACCAGCACAUGCAGGGCCCACCCCACGGAUACCCACACCAUGCCCACCACCACCCCAGCCAUGCACAGAGCGCCCAUCACCACCCACAGAGCCAUGGGCACCACAACACCCACCCGCCCCACCUGCACCCUGCACACGGACACCAGACCUCUCCACACCAACCCAUGCACUCCGCUGCUUCACAGUUAUCUCCGGCUGCGCAGCAAAUGCAGCCGACGCAGACCCUUCAAUCCCCACCGCCCAGCGGAGGUCGUCGCAGGCGUGUCGUGGACGAAGACCCCGACGAGCGCCGACGGAAAUUCCUGGAGCGGAAUCGCGCAGCCGCCACACGCUGCAGACAGAAAAGGAAAGUGUGGGUGAUGUCGCUAGAAAAGAAAGCAGAGGAGCUCACCCAAACCAACAUGCAGUUGCAGAACGAGGUCACUAUGCUAAAGAAUGAGGUGACACAACUGAAACAGCUUUUAUUGACACAUAAGGACUGUCCCAUCACCGCCAUGCAGAAAGAGUCUCAAGGUUACCUCAGUCCAGAGAGCAGUCCGGCAGGAAGUCCCACCCCUGUAACCCAGCAGCAAGUCAUCCAGCACAAUACCAUCACCACCUCCAGCACGGCACCCAAUCACCGCACAGAUAUUAACCCCAUCCACUAGAGACUCGUCCCCCUGACGCCCCCCCCCCCCCCCCCUACACGCUGGACAUCCCGACUGCAAACUCUGGACAGACUCACCUCUGUGCCUCUGUGGCAGCUUUUUCUUCUGUUUGUAAUUUGUAAAUGUAAACUGAUUAACAUUUUGUUUAGUUCUGUUUUGUUUUAUGAUACCAUUUGAGUCCGCUUAAAAAAAGGGAGUCUGCAUAAUUCAUCGGGCACCAUCUCGCUGGUCAAGAACAUCACUGAUGGGUUAUUGUGAAACACGACUGCUACAUCUGUUCCUGGAUUACUACUGGACAACUGCCUUUACAAAUUACAAAAUUCAGAGAGCUGGAUAGCUUUUGCUAUGAAUUUUCCAUUGCCAAAAAGAUGCUGUCCUUUUGUUUCUGUUUAUUGUUAUAACAACUACUCUCACAUUCCCCUUUUUAUCUAAUACAAAAGGAUUACAUUAGGAAGGUCAGUCUCCAUUAGGAAUUCAUAAUGAAAGUAACCUGAAGCAAUAUGAAUCUCUGACAUGCUCUGCGAUCUGAUUAUGUUCACGUGCUCAUUCGGACCAGAAUCUAGAUCAGUUUAAGUUCAACCUAUUAGUUCCUGUCAUUUCAGAUAGCAUUUCAAAAGUUAUCUUUUGAAAACAAAACAGCUUUGACUCCUUAGCUGGCACAGAUCAUGUAAAUGGAAUGCAUUUAUCAAGCUCACACAGGCUCUUGUGAGAAUAUGCCCUGCUGAACAUGUGUGAGAUUUCAGAGUAUUUCCAGAAUGCUGAGAUCACGGCUGCAAUCGUGCAGCACCAGGAAGACAUCUAACUUGGCGUUUUUAUCCAAAUGUUUUAGAAGAUGCCAUCAGCUGUUUUUUAUUUUAAGCUGGUGUAACUUCUGGUCAGAUUUACCCCUGAGUCCUCAUCAGUUUGCGUACUGUUUUUACUGGCAUUCGUUUCAGUAUCUGUUUCGGAUCAGCGAGUGGACUAAGUAUUAUGCAAUGUAUUCUUGAAUACAUUUUUUAGAUGUUAAAUACUCGUACAUGGGCCUUCUAACCCUAUCCAAAACACUCCUCAAGUGCAUCUUGCACAAGAAUAAUGCCAUGGAAAACUUUUGGAAGGAUUUUGCUUUACCUGAGGGUAUGGAAAACUUCCACGUGAGCCAAAUGCAUUGUUAAAUGCUACUUAAAAUCGGCUUUCGUUUUGGCUCAAAGUAUUGUUUAGAACUUCCUCGGGCAUUCUGACUGUGAGAUAAAUUUAAUUUAAUAGGAUUUAUUGUGAUUGGAUAUAUUUUGAUAAGUCCCAGUUCAAAGUUCUGGUUACCCUGUUAAAAAAAAAAACUGCAUAUGCUGGUUAGGUAUGUUCUGAAGCAUGGCGGCUGGUUUGAGGUGGUUUAUUCUGGUCCUGAGCUGGUUUAAGCUGGUCCUGAGCUUGAGCUAGUUGCGUAGGACCAGCUUAAACCAACUAAGGACCAGCUGCCGUGCUUCAAAACAUACCGAACCAGCAUAUGCUGUUUUUUUUUUUUUCAACAGGGUUGUUUGCUGUCUAUAGGAAAUCAUGAGGCUUCCUUCUUGACAUGGACCAAGGUCAAUUCUGCACUUGAAUAUACAAAACUGUCAAACCCUUUAAGGUUCUGGAAAUGUGCUGUUGAAUUGGAGAUGUUAGUAUACAGCAUCUUACUGUAAGGGGCCGUUCACAAAGAACACGUUCUUGCAUUUAAAACACUGUAUGAAUCAUGAAAGACAUGUAAAAGAACGCAGGUUUUUGAGAUGUUUUUGCGUCCGUGUAGCAUACGUUUACAUUGAAAAAUGAAGGGUGCGUCUCAAUCAGCUCCUAAGUUUUGUAGUCAGGGCACUGAUCAGGGAGUCGGCCAUUUUAAGGGCUGUCUCAAUCGUGAAAUCCUUUCAGUACACUGGAAUGUUCACUCCCUAAAAAAGCCCCCAAUCCACCGCAAAAACUAGGGAGCAUCAAUGGUCCCUUACUGGAGAAUACGCCAUAUUUUCUGAAGUACAAAACAUAAUCGCACAUGCCAAUUCAAUACAUCACGUGACAGAAGAUUUGAGAAGAUAAAUCAUUAUUUAAUUCCAGUUUAAUGACCAAUUUUUUUGUUGGUUUAACUUGAAAAAUUAAGUUACCUGGUUGCCUUAAAAUUUUGAGUUCAAUGAAAUUAAAAAUUUGAGUUGGUUUAAUCAACAGAAACCCAAAAUAUUAUGUUGUCUGAACCACAUUAAUUAUCUAAGUUGAUUUGACAAAAGAAAAAAUGUUGUGAUAACAAAUCAUGAAAAUACAUUUUUUACAGUGUAGCAGUGCCGGACUUUGUGCAAAUGAUACUCAUUCACAACCUAGGGAGCUGAUUGAGAAGCACCCAAAUAAAUGCUGCGCAGUGGAACGUGAAAACGCGUUCUGUGUGAACUGGCCCUAAUAAUAACAUUCCAACGUGAACUUGUACCCUUUAUGUAAUUUUAAGGGAUGCGUGUGCAAAGUCCUGUAUACCUCAUGAGUGUAUGAUCACGGACUGAUGGGCUGUAAGAUGGACACUGUCACUUACAUUAAAUCCUAAAUCCCCUUAAGGCUGUGACACACCAAACUGGCAUUAAAGAACUAGCGGCGAUGAAGGCUGACGUUGUCAACCGCAAAAACGACUAGCAUGUAUCUUUGGCAACUAUGUAAGAGGAAAUAACUUUCCAUUCCAGCAGUUGUCUGUAUUCGUCAUUUAUGAAUAUGAAUCACGUUGAUCAAAUUCUUAAUUCCAGACAGUUUUUAUGAAAUUAUUCGCAUUUUGGAAUGCGAAUUUAGAUGAUGUGCAACUAGAAGAGAACUAAUAAACUUUGUCGCUUUGUUAUCUUCUGGUUCCGUAAAUCGAAUAGCCAAUCAGAGUGAUCGCUGCCGACGGGGUCCAACUAAAACCUGACCUGACAGACGUGUCCGCUUGGUAUGUUACGGCCUUUAGUCCUGUUGUCCUUGUCUAAUUGCAAAUAAUUAUGCAAUUUGGUCCACUUUUGUUUUUCUUUGCUGGGAAAAUGUAGCAUUUUACUAUUUCUUCGCAGGUACUGAUCUAGACCGAUCUAGACACUGCUUUCCAAAUGUCACUAUGUGCCUGAAUAUGUCUUAAAUACUCACAUAGCGAAGAAUGUCAGUCCUUAGUAAUACCUUGAUAUCAUUACAUUUAUUUUCAAUUCAGGUUGAACUUUAAGGCCUUGACAUUGUUUAGCUUUUUUGUAACGACUAAUUACUAGUGUUUUAAUGCAGACACUGUUUUGUUUUGGACUCAUUUUGG